GGCUCCUGCGGCGCGGGCGCGCGCGGCGGCGGCGUGCCUGGGGCGCCGCGCGGCACUCGUGCGCGGUUGCGCAGUUGCCACGGGCGCCCUGCUGGGGCCGCGGUUGGCGCUGCGGGCGCUGUCGGGCCGUGCACGCGGCGUUGUGCUUCGGCCGCUGUCGACGCGCAGCCGAAGAAGAGCAUUCAACUUCGACGAUGACGGGAUGGGUGGCUUUGGAGGCCUCGACGACGGCCUCGGCGCCGCAACGAGCGCCCGGAGGGAGCCCAAGGUGCCCGUCUCCAUCGUCUGCGGUUUCCUGGGAGCAGGGAAGACCACCAUGGUCCAGCACAUCCUGUCCAACCGUGAGGGUCUCAAAGUCGGCGUGGUUGUCAACGACGUGGCUGAGGCGAACAUCGAUUCCGAGGUGCUAACCUUCUCCGACGCGGACGGCAUGGUGGCCCUGCAGAACGGCUGCGUGUGCUGCUCCGGCCGCGACGACCUAUUCUUCCAGCUGCGAGCCCUGGCGGACAGCUCAGGCAUCUCCAAGCUGGACAAGGGCUGGGAUCGGCUCGUCGUGGAGUGCUCUGGCGUGGCGGAGCCAGAGAGCAUCGCCUCGGAGCUGCGCGACAUGGCCGAUCGGGGAGAGCCGCUGAUGGACCGCGUGUUCCUCGCAGGCAUCGUCUGCCUCGUCGACGCCACGACAUUCUGGGACGUCUACCACUCCGCGGAGGGCGGCUCCACGGACCCGGACGGGCGCGAGGUCAUGCCGCUGUCCGCGCUGCUUCUCAGCCAGCUGGAGUCCGCCGACACGGUCGUCCUCAACAAGGCCGACUUGGUCAGCGAGGCAGAGCUCCGCAGACUGAGGGAGCUUGUCAAGGCGCUGAGUCCGUCGGCCCAGGUGCUCACGUCCACCAGAGGCGCGCUGCCGCUGCGGACGCUACUGCCCGCGGAGCCGACAGAAAUUGACAUGCCGGCCUACGUGCCGUCGCUGGCUAACAGGCACGGCGUGGCCGUCCGGGCAGCCGCGGCGAGGGGCGCCGCUGCGGCGGCGGCGGCGCGGAGCGCAGGGGGCGACGCGGCGGCUGGCCGCGGCCAUGCCGAUGGCGGCGCGCACGACGCCGACUGCGGCCACGACGGCCACGCACACGGCCACGGCCACGACGGCCACGCGCACGUCCACAGCCACGGGGACGGCGAGGACUGCACCGUAUGCGCGCACACGGAGGCAGCAUCUCGGCAUGAGAAGUACGGGCUCGGUAGCUUCGUGUACCGCAGCAAAGCCCUUUUCGACGCCUCGAAGCUGGCCGCGCUGGCGCGAUCCCUGCCCGUGGCCGCCGCGGAGAUCGGCCUGCCAGCCGCUCCCCUCGCCGACGCCGCGCCGGCGGCGACGAGCCUGGGCGACAUCACGGGCCCCUUCGCUGGCGUCUUGCGCUCGAAGGGUUUCGUGCGUGUCAAGGAGGAGAAGCAGGACGAGGAGGAGCUGAACAAGGAGGGCGACGACGAGUACCAGAGCGUCGCGGCCCGCGCCGAGGAGUCGCAGACCGGCGCCGCCUACUACUGGUCGCACGCCGGCCGGAGGCUGGAAUUGGGCCCGGCGCCGGGCGCGCCGCCCUGCAAGGGGCAGGAGCUCGUUUUCAUCGGCGCUGGGAUGGAUCAGGCCGCGAUCGAGGGCGCUCUGGACGGCUGCCUGACUAGUACCAAGCGUCAUCAACCUGACGAGCCUGAAAGGAUGGGCCAUCAGGCCUUAUCUGCGGCGCAGCUCAAGGACUACGUGGACCAGGUGCAGUCGGACCUUCUGGGCGAGAUCCAGAACAUUCAGGCGUCUGUCAGCUCGCAGCUGGGCGAGGUUGGCAAGAAGGUGGCAGCUUCUUGCGGGUCGAUCACGCACACGCUCGAGGCCAGGCUCACCCCGAUGCAGAACUCGAUCAAUAACCACACCGAGCGGAUCCAGUCCCUGGAGACCGACGUCAAACGCCUACGUGACCUACUUCAUGAUGCGAAGAGCUCGACUCCUGCGCCCGUCCUUCGUGCGACUGGAGGUGGUGCUGGAUUCAACCGUGACAUCGACCCGUGCAUCAUCGUGGCCAGGUGCAAGCACCAGACCAGCAUGUCCGAGGUCAAGACCGCGCUCACGCCUUGGUUCCAGGAGGGCUCGAUCCCCGAUGGCGAAUGGGCUUUGGAGGGCGACCCGACCAGCAAGCGAUUUACCGUGCGAUUGGCUGGCGCCGUGGGCUUUGCCAGUCGACGUGUACAGCAUCUUCUCACUCUUCUUCGGCCGACGAGCCCACAGGGCCAAUGGCGGCGCUUUACAGCUCCCGCUGUCAGUGGCGAAGUGGCAGAAGUAUAUGUUGGCCCCGACAAGAACCCCGCGAUGGUGCAGAAAGAAAUGGCGUGUAAGACCGUCAAGCGCAUCCUCACCGACGCGUACCCUCACAAUGUCUUCUACGUGGACAAACUCAAAGGCUCGGUCAGCACGAACUGGAAGCCGCUUGUGCAUGUGCAGCCGCAGGCGGACCAGGAGACCCCGACCGUGCUCUUCGCGGAGCAGAACUUGGUGGCUGAGAACAUCGAGAGAGCCCGCAUCGAGCAGCCCAUCAAGAUGGAAGUGCUAGGCAGGCUGACGGAGCUCCAAGUGGAAGACCCCACACACUACCACCCAGGCACUAAGUUCCUCUCGUUCAUAGAUAGGCCCGAGGAUAGGCCCAUACCCAAGGACAUUUUCUUCUCAGAUGAAUACAGCGAGUUCCUGACUUUGGCUAUUGAGGCUGAGCCAGCUGAACAUCUUCCCCCUGGACGUCUACACCAGUAUUACAAAACUCUGAUGAUUGAGGCGGCCCGAUAUGCGAGGUCGGCGAUCAUUUUCAGGAAACCGAGGUCCCUGGCCGCUCGUUUCAUGGUGCUCAGGAGCGUCGCCCGUGCCGUGUUCCGCCAAGACGUGCAGCUGGCCCUCAAGCUUCGCAGGUCUCACCCCCUGGCUCGCGAGAUGGUCUCAGUCGAUGCUGAGCAGUCCGAGGUCACCCUUUCUGACCCAGAUCGGUUCACUGUUAUGUCGAAUCAGGUGCACAGCGAAGUGGCGACCCGUCAGAGGCACCGCGUUGCCCGAGCAGCUGAGCAGCAGACCAAUGAGCAGAAGGAGCGGAGGAUGAGGGAGAGGCUGAAGAGGAUGGCUAAGGUGGAGCAGCUGUGGAGCCCAUUCGAUAGGCUCCCGCAGGGGCUCGACACGAUCCAGAAGGGGUUCGUCCAAGGGCGGAACUUUGGGAACAAUAUCAUCGACCUCGACGCCUCGGCUCGGGUCUUUGGCCUCCAGAACCCCCAGAACCAGCCUGUACUAGGAUGCUACGAUUUCGGCCAAGCCUUCCCGUCCGUGUCCCAGGAGUGGAUCCUAGAGGUGACUAACUCGAUAGAUAUGCCUGACCCGCUCAAGUUCCACAUAUCCUUACUAUAUAUCAAUGUUAUGUGCUUUGGGGCCCUUGCUGGCCAAGUUCUGGAGCUCUUCCUGGUGACUAGUGGCAUUAUUCAGGGCUGUCCUGGAUAUGGUUCUUUGUUUUCGGUUGCCGUGGACCCGUUCCUCCAAAAGUUCAGGGCCAUCACAGACGCCCGUAAUAAAGGUCGUACCCGAGCCUGUGCAGACGACAUAGGCAUGACGCUCCGCGAUCUCCGACACCUUCGGCGACUUCACACCGUGUUUAAGGAAGCUGAAGCGAUUGCCCGACUGAAGCUGAAACCCGCGAAGUGCGUUUUGGUCCCCUUGGGCUCGGUCUUCACGGACGUCUUAGCGGCGAGGAUCAAAAACUGGCUCAGGCAGAACAUCCCCGACUGGAGCGACUUUCGGGUGGCAUCGUUGGCCAAAUACCUUGGCCUCUGGAUAGGCCCGUCUGCAGAAUACGACUCUUGGGCUUCGCCUCAGCUGAAGUAUUUUCAUAGGUGCAGUGGAGUUGCCCGUUUGGGCGCGAGUACCGAGGUCUCUGCUAGGACGUACAACAGGCGCUGUGUGACGGUGCUGUCGUACGUUGCCCAGUAUUUGCACCUGCCGCCUGCCCUCCGCGGGAAAGAGUUCGUGCAAUUCUCCAAGAUAUUCCAUAUGCCUCACAGUCGCCUUAAACACUCUGAUUGGCUGAACUUGGAGAAGAGCGGCGGCCCGAAGCUUACCAGCAUGUUGGCGCUCAGUUUAGCUUCGCUCAUGCGAGCGAGCCUGUACACGUUCGACGCCUGGCGCCCCGCCAUGCAGGUAGCCCUGAGGACUUUGAAGCAAGCUCGUCGGGAUCGCCCAGAGGUUCCUGAUAAAGCUCUGCACCCCCAGCGGAUAUUGUACCGCGCCAUCUGUGAGUGGCUGUACCCAGACUCGCUCCACCUCACCUUCGAGAAGCGUCUCAGAAAAUGGAGCAGGCAUGCCCUGAGGGCGGUGCACGCGCAGCGGGCGGCGCCAGUUGCAGCGCAGCAGGCCGUGGGCGCCAUCGCGAAGCCGGACAGCCACAAGCGCACGUACUCGUACCUGAAGCUAGACAACGGCCUGCAGGCCAUCAUCGGCUCCGACAAGGACUGCGACAAGGCGGGGGCAGCCCUCUGCGUGAACGUGGGCAUGUGCCACGAGAGGAAGGACCUGCCGGGCCUCGCCCACUUCCUCGAGCACAUGCUCUUCACGGGGACCGAGAAGUACCCCUCGGAAGGCGAGUAUUCCGAAUUCAUCCAGCAGAACGGCGGCACGUCGAACGCUUACACCGCCUGCUACUUCACCAACUACAUGUUCGACGUGAAGCCAGACAAACUGGAGGGCGCUCUGGACCGGUUCGCGCGGUUCUUCUCCGAGCCUUUGUUGACGAGGGAUUGCACGGAACGCGAGAUUAACGCCGUCGACUCCGAGUUCCAGGGCGGCCUCACCGAGCCUUGGUGGCGAUUUAUCGGCAUCAUCAAUCAGAGCGCGAACCCCGACCAUCCUUUCCACGUUGCCGUGGGGAACAACAAGGUUCUCCUAGAGGAGCCCAAGGAGCGCGGUAUCGACCUCUACGAUGAGAUGAAGAAGCUGUACAACGACACGUAUUCGGCGAACGGCAUGACCCUGUGCGUCUUCGGCAAGGAGAGCCAGGAGGAGCUCGAAAGCAUGGUGAAGAGGCUUUUCUCCGGCGUACCCAACAAGGGCGUUGAGAUGCCCGUUGGCGACGGUGUCAGCCCGCACCCGCCCUUCCUGCAGAAGGACUGGAAUCAGCUUCUGCUCCAGAACCCCGUCAAGGACGUCAAGGAGCUGAGCUUCAGCUGGUGCAUUCCGUACCAGGCGCCGCUCUGGCGCAAGAAGCCCACGUCCUACAUUGGACACCUCAUCGGUCACGAGGGCGCCGGCUCGAUCAUCUCUGUGCUGAAGGAGCAAGGCCUCAUCGCAAGCUGUUACACCGGCAACGGCGCCUGGCUCGAGGGAGCGUUCAGUUUGUUCAAUGUCAACUUCGAGCUCACCGACAAAGGCCUCGACAACAUCGAUGUGAUCGGAAAAUACUUGUUUGCCUACAUGGGCAUGCUUCAGAAGAGCCCGCCCGAGAAGCGCAUCUUCGACGAGAUGGCCAAGCUGGCGGAGAUGAAGUUCAAGUUCGGCGAGGACGGCCAGCCCUUCUCGAUGUGCCCAGCGAUCGCGCUGAACGUCGUGCAGGGCCUGCCGCCUACGGAGGCGCUCGCCGGCGGCUCGCUGCUGUACGAGUAUGACCCCGAGUGCAUCUCCGACCUGCUGGGCCGCCUAACGCUGGACUCGGUGCGGGUGGGCGUACAGGCUAAGGCCAUGGCGGACAGAUGCACGGAUAAGGUCCUCGGGGAGCUCUCCCUGGACGCCGGCGGGCCCACCUUUGGCGCGCCCCUGCGCCUCGGCGUGCUGCGGGCGGGCUUCCCCGCGGCGGCCGCGGCGGCGGCCGCCGCCGCACCGGGCGCGGCCGCGGCGGCGCUGGGCCGCCUGCGGCCUCGCGCGUGGGCGGCGGGCGGCGGGUGCCUGGGCGCGCUGAGCGUGGUGGACGUCGGCGCCUCCAGAGAGGGAGCGGAGGGAGGUGGCGGCGGCGCGGAUCUGGCCGAGCGCGCCGAGUCAGACGCCGAGGCGCUGGCCCGCUGCCUGGGCCUGGGCGCGGAGGAGGCCGAGCUCAGCCCCGACAUGGCCGCCUGCCUGGGCAUCGGGAUGGUCAUGUACUAG